UUGUUUUUGUCUUUUUUUCUGAGUUUUUUCUCUUUAUUCUUUCUGAAUGACGACGCACAAGUUCACGCGUCUGAAGGCGCUCACUGAGCUUGCAUUGACCAGCAUCGGAUCGUCGCCAGCAACCUCCAAGCUCGUCGGAGAGCACCUCGCGCUGGCCAACCUGAUGGGCCACGACAGCCACGGCAUUGGCAUGCUGCCUGCUUACAUCAAGCACGUCAAGGCUGGACUGGUGAACGUCAACUCGACCGCCAAGCUCAUGGCCGCACUGGGCCCGCUGCUCAUGUUUGACGCGCAGCGCUCAUUCGGAGUCGUCGCAGGCACCGACGCCAUCAACCAAGGCAUCGAUGUAUGCAAGAAACAAGGUGUUGCAGUCGUCACCUUGGCAAACGCCCACCACCUCGGGCGGAUUGGUCGCUAUGCGGAACUCGCCAUGGAGAAAAACGUGAUUAGCUUCCACUUUGUGAAUGUCGUGGAUCACCGACCGCUGGUGGCGCCUUGGGGUGGGAGCGACGCGCGCCUGGGCACCAAUCCCAUCUGCAUUGGCAUCCCUUCGCUCGGGCCCACGUCGCCGCCGUUGCUGUUGGACAUGGCGACCUCGCAAAUUGCGCUGGGCAAGGCGCGCGAGCUGAUGAACCGAGGAAUGCAGGCGCCCAAAGGCUUGCUCCUCGACUCGCAGGGCAAUCUCACGGAGGAUCCGAACGUCAUGUUUCCCAAGGACGGCGAGGAGCCCGGCGCGCUCGUGACGGCAGGUCUGCACAAGGGCUCGAGCUUGUCCAUUGUCGCGGAAACGCUGGCGGGUGUCUUUUCACGCGGCGGCACAAUCAACCCUGCGCACAAGCGUCACGGCAGCAUCAUCAACAGCAUGUUCAGUGUGCUUGUUGAUGCCGACAUGCUGAUCAACGCGACGGCGCAGGAGGGCGUGGCAGGCUCGCGCAAGAGCUCCUCGUCCUCGUUUGCUGCGUUGAACAAGGCGUCGCUGGUGGAUGUCACUGCUCGAUUGGCCUCCGCUCUGGGUGCACAGCCUGCCAACCCUUCGUCCUCCACCACCACAACCGCAACCAAGGAGGCCGCCAAGACUGAACCCGAAUCCUCGGACGCUGUCGAUGCGACCGCGGGAUUGGGUUGGAUGCAGGCAGAGAUGGAACAGCUCGUCGCGUACCUGAAAGCGUCGCCUCCACGAAAUGUGCUCAGCGCGCAUCCGGAAGCGACAAGCGGUGCGCGUCAUGCGCGAGAGACCAAGUUCAGUGCCCUGGGAUCGACUUCGGUGAUCUCUCUGCCCGGAGAAUACGAGCGCGGCCAGUUUGCCGUGCGCAUGCGCGAAGGUGUGUUUAUCAGCGAUGGCGCCUGGCUGGACAUUUUGAACGCUGUCAAGUCGGCGGGCGUGAGCCAGAAGCAACUGACCGAGGUCAUUACCAAGCUCAACACAUUCGAUCAAGAGUACGCCCAGGCCAUGGAAGCUUUUGCAUCUGCCACCGUCCGCGAAAAUUUGGCUGCCCUGCGUCGCGUCCUCAAGCGAUCUCAGCCCCAGAACCGCUCGCCCUUUUCCAAAAUGUUCAGUGGCCUGGAUGUUGUUCGUCUGCUGUCCGACUCGCAGAUUUCCUCGUACGAUGACGAGGCCCAUGCCCUUGUCCAAGAGGCUCGUCGUGACGCUGCCAAGCGAGUGGCCGCCAGCGCCGGCCGGCCGCUUGACGAAGCCGAAGAGCCCCUGUCUUCCAGUGCCGCCCAGCGCGUGUUGGCGCAAACCAAACGCACUGCCAGCAAGCGCGUUGCCCAGACCAAAGCAAGCAUCGAAACGGUCGAAGCGCUCAGGAAGCAGUUCAAAAAACGCGCCGCCGAGUCAGCAACCACCAAGCAGGCUCUGAAGGUUGCUGCUCGCGUUGCCGAGGAAUCCAGCCCCAAGGCAGCGAUCACCACCAAGAAGGCUGCUGCUCCAAAGGCCACGACCACGAAGAGUGCCACGGCCACGAAGAGUGCCACGACCACGAAGAGUGCCACGACCAAGAAGGCUGCCACGACCAAGAAGACCGCCACAACCAAGAAGGCUGCCACAACCAAUCCUGGUGUGUGCAUGCAUGCAUGUGUGUGUGUGUGGAGCUGAAUGUUCCAAGCUUUUGUUCAGUUGGAUGAAAUCGUGGUGACUGUUUGUUGUGUUGUCCAUCUUUUUUAUUUCAACCCAGUUCAAUGUAGUUCAAUUCAGCGCAAUUCAGCGCAAUUCAAU